AUGCCUUCACCCAACAAUAUCUUCAAGAGUAACCUCCAGGGAACGCCCAAAGAGGUACUCAAUUGGCGGCUCUGGUAUGGCGUCUUCGUGUUCGGCCUCAUGGGCGCUGCCCGUGGUGUCGAUGAAGGCCUCAUCGGCACCACAGCCUCCCAAAUAUCCUUCAUCGAUAAGUUCGGGCUGGAGGAUCCUUCCCUGAGCAAAAAGGAGCAAGCCGACUUGCUAUCUAAUAUAACAUCGAUGGUACAAAUGGGCUCUAUCCUCGGCGCCCUAAUUGCCUUCUUCAUUGUGGAUCGCAUCGGCCGUCUUUGGGCUACAAGAGAAUUGUGCCUAGUGUGGGUUGCAGGUAUAGCCAUUUUCAUGGGCGCUGCUCCGUAUGGUAGCAUCGGCAUGGUCUACGCAGGUCGCUUUAUUGCGGGAGUUGGUAUCGGCCAAACAACAGUUGUCGCGCCGACGUAUCUCGCUGAAAUAUCCCCAAAGGCGAUUCGUGGAUUGUGUGUCUGUAUGUUUGCCGGGUCGGUGUAUCUGGGAAUCAUGCUUGGUUACUUUGCUUCCUGGGGCUCCUCUAUCCACAUCUCCGACAACGAUCAGGCACAAUGGGUCGUGCCCACCAGUCUGCAUCUCAUGUUCGCUGGAAUCAUCUUCUUCCUCAGCUUCCUCUCCAUUGAGUCCCCUCGCUGGCUGAUCAAGGUUCACCGGCACGAAGACGCAGCCACCAACCUGAGCAAGUUGCGCAAGCUUCCAGUCGAACACCCGUUCGUGCAAAGCGAGAUAAUCGAUAUCAACGACCAGCUCUCGCGCGAAGCCGAAGCCACUAUGGGCACGACAUGGUUCGGGCCGGUGCGCGAAUUGGUCAUGCUGCCGGCGAACCGGUACCGGUUGAUGUUGUCGGUGAUGUCGCAACUGCUGGCGCAGUGGUCGGGAGCCAACAGCAUCACGAUCUACGCGCCAGAGUACUUCCGCAUGAUGGGGACGACGGGGCAACAAGAGAAGCUAUUUGCGACAGCCAUCUUCGGCGUCGUCAAGUUUGUCAGCGCCAUCAUCUGCGCGCUCUUCCUGAUUGACCUGGUCGGGCGCAAGCGCGCGCUCAGCGGCGGCAUCAUCCUCCAGUUCCUGAGCAUGCUGUACAUGGCCAUCUUUCUAGCCAUCGACAACCGCGUCACGGACGAGGAGAACCCGCCGCCCCAGUCGCCGAGCCAGCAUCGUGCUGCCACGGGCGCCAUCGUCAUGAUAUACUUUUCGGGCUUUGGCUGGGCCCUCGGCUGGAACAGCAUCCAAUACCUCAUCAACUCGGAGAUCUAUCCGCUGCGGCUGCGUGCCAUUGGCGGCAGCAUCGCCAUGACGGUGCACUUUGUCAACCAGUACGGCAACUCCAAGGCCGUGCCCGAGAUGUUCAUCAGCUUGACUAACGCUGGCACGAUGUUUUUCUUCUCGGCGGUUACGCUUCUCGGCCUGCUGUGGGUGUGGCUCUUCUUGCCUGAGACUAGCGGCCGCAGCUUGGAGAGUAUGGAUAGGCUGUUCGAGCUGCCGUGGUAUUUGAUUGGCCGGAAGGGAAAGCAGUUGACGGAUGACGAGGGCGCUUUGGCUGAUGUGUACGCCAAGGAGAAGAAGGAGGUGCAAUAUUUGGAGACGGUGGAGGAGAAGAGGGAGAAUGCCUAA